AUGACCAAAGAAACCACCCAAACUCAGUUCCAGCAGGUGAUCGUUUCCUGCGAGAACGAUCCCAAACGCAUGCAAGAUGUCUAUGAGAAGCACCGGUCAACCAGAAAUGCCUCCUUUCGGAAUUUGAUUCUGAGCACCGGCUUUCCCGGCUGGAUAGUCGAUGAGAUCCUGCAAAAACUCCAUGCCGCCGGCGAGGACGGCGACCCAGCCAUCGACCCAAGGCAUAACCUGGCCUUUUGGGCUCGUCCACCGCAGCAUAUCCGGGACAUGGUUGCUGAAAUCCAAGGGGAGAUCCGAGUCCUUGCUCCCACGCUCUGGUUCAUGCCUUCGGACCGGCUCCAUAUGACAGCUAUGGAGAUCACAUCUUGCCGGACCGAGUCAGAAAUCGAAGACCUAGUAUCUUUCUUACAGCAACGUGCCCCGCUACAAGAGCUGGUGGAUUACACCCUGACCCAUCGUGCCCGGCUCGUCAAGCCAAUGGUCAACUACGAUUCUUCCGCGAUAGCACUGAGCUUUGUGCCUGCCGCUGGAGAGGAUGAUCGAUAUACCUACCAUCACCUGCGCAGCGAUAUCUACGACAGCAUAACUCGCAGCGGCUGCCCCAUUACCUCGAGGUACACGGUGCCAUCAGCGCAUGUCACGCUGGCGCGCUUUAUCACGCAAGAUGGAUUUCUACUGGGAGAUACGAAAGAGCUCGAUCGUGAGCGGAGCUCUUUGCUCGUUGACACUAUUGAGAAGAUCAAUGAUAGGCUCCGGGACAAGUACUGGCAGAGUGAGCAUCCACAGGGCUUACAAUUUAUCUUCUGCGUACAGGUCAACAUCCCGAAGACCCGCCGGACGUACUGCAAGUCCAAGGACUGCCACAAGCACCAGCAGCACAAGGUCACCCAGUACAAGGCUGGAAAGGCCUCCCUGUUCGCCCAGGGUAAGCGUCGUUACGACCGGAAGCAGAGCGGUUACGGUGGUCAGACCAAGCCCGUCUUCCACAAGAAGGCCAAGACCACCAAGAAGGUCGUCCUGCGCCUGGAGUGCACUGCCUGCAAGGCCAAGAAGCAGCUCGCCCUGAAGCGCUGCAAGCACUUCGAGUUGGGUGGUGACAAGAAGACCAAGGGUGCUGCUCUGGUUUUCUAA